CCAAGUGCCAUGGGGCACGGUAGCAGAUUUGUUCCUCAUCCUAUUAUUGCCCUUCUUCCACCUCUUUGCGACCAUUCUGGCUCAAGAUUCGGUUCACUCAGCAUCAGGAGAACUCUCACUCCGGUCUGUCUGUCUGACCUUCGAGACGGUCGAAACCGUUUACGACCUGUCAAGUUCUACGCAACCAGCCAUGCUCAGCAUGAGUGUCGUCACUACGCUCUUCGAAGACAAGCCUGGUCGAAUCGACUCCGCCAGCUUCUCUGUGCUCACCGUGGCGAUGGUCCUCUCCUUCUUGCCGCUAUCGGUCUCCCACCUGAUAUCGCUCAUCGUCGGCGCCUUGAUGUUCGUGUCCGUCCAGGCCCUCAGCCUGAGCGUCGACCGCGAGAAGGCGCCGAAGGGCAAGGCCAGCUCUUGCCGCAGGGCCCCCCCAAGGUCGCCGACGGGCGCUGCUCAGAGGCCGGGCUCCCCCGCCAACGCCAAGCCCACGGCCAAGGGCCCCGCGGCCACUCCUUCGAAGCCGGAGGUCUGGAAGCCCAGCGUCCAGCCCGUGCUGGCGCCGAAGUUCACCUCCCAGGGCUGGGAUGCCGAGGUGCAGGACCAGAACUGCUCGCCCAGCUGACCCCCACGGCCGAGACCAGCGAGGUGGUCGCGAAGAUUACGCAGGCAGUGCGCGGCGUGGUGACGCAAGUCCUGCCUGGGGUCGAGGUCACCGGCUUCGUGGGCGCAAGCCUUGCAAGUGGCAAGGCAUUCGGCGUCGCCGUUCCAGAGGUGGAGGUCGUGAUCAGCGCCCCCCACUCUGCGUUGGUGCACAAUCGCUGGCAAGGCCGGCAACGAGGCAAGAACGAGUGCACUGCACAGCAGUUGCGCAAAUCUGCGGUCCGCGUCUGCACCGACCGCCUGGUGUCCGAAGGCGGCUUCAAGUUCCGGCGCUCCGCCUUCCGUGGGGACGAGCCGAGGGUCACCGUCGUCUCGCCGCCGGCCCUGCAGUCGGUGCCGAUGAGCCUGUCCGUCAACGCUCUGACGCCGCUCUGCAACGCCAUGCUCAUCUCGUGCACACGCAUCGACCCGCGCACGCAGGGGCUCGUGCUUCUCGUCAAGCGCUGGGCAAAGGACCGAGGACUCUGUCACGUCGCCAGGGGCCACCUGUCGCUGUACGCCUGGACGCUCAUGUCGGUCUACUUCCUCCAGACUGGCGCCGGAGGGGUGCUGCCGCCGCUGACGUGUCUGGAAACGCCGUCUGGCCUCACUGUGGAGGGUCAGCCUGGAGCCCAAGCGGCGGCGAUGAUUGCCGAUGUGCUCCCCGACCUCUCCGUGGGCGGCUUGUUCAAGGCGUUCUUACACUUCUACAGCUCGGAGUUCGACUGGAAGGGGGAGGCCGUGUCGGUCCGGUGCGGGAGGCGAGCGGCACCCGACAGCCGGCUGCCUCUUCACAUCGUCGUGAACACCGACAGCAAGACCACGGAGGUGGGCCCCAACAUCGAGGAUUUUGACCCCUUCGACAGCGCCAGCAAUCUCGGCGCGUGCACCACCGCCACCAGCUUGCAGCACCUGUUCAAGGAGAGCUCCAGCGGGCGCGCGACCUGAGCGCCGGGGGCGCGUCGCUGUCCGAUCUGCUGCAGCCGUGGGCCCCGGACAGCUCGGACGACGUCCAGGAGUGAGCGGCGCCGGCAGGUUGAUUGCAACUCGGCUCUCUCUCACGCCUCCCCCUCGUCGUCGUCGUCGUCGUCGUCGUAUUCGUCGUCGUCUGUAUGCUUUGUCGAUGCGUGUUCUUCUAUACUCCUACCUCCGUGCCAUGCUCUGCACUUUGGGCUGGAGCAGCCAGCACGGACUCGUAAGCCGCCCUGCCGAGGCAACAUGGGUUGCCCGUGGGUUUCCAGCUUGAGGGCCACUGCACGCCCGAAUGCU